AUGAACAUCCUCGACUCCUUCACGCCUUGCUACCUCACCACUGGCCCCUUCUCACCGUCUGCCGUGAACUACAACGCCGGUGAUUGUAACGCUGCUGCUCCUUACCCCGCUGUUCACUACACCCCGCUGGUGGUGCUAUCAGCGAUCAUCUCCGCGAUGAUGCGGCUGAUCGACUACCAUGUCGUGCUCCACCCGUGGCAGGUCGACAAGGUGGACUUCUGCUUCUGCAUCAGCGCCUACCUGGGUGUCAUCUUUGGCAGCAUCAAGAUCGGGCUGGUUGUUGCCGUCUCCAUCUCUGCCCUCCGCGCCUUGUUGUUCAUCACGCGGCCCCGGACAACGGUGCUCAGCUUGGCAACCUCCCAACUCCAUGGUCUACCGGAGGAUGGACCAGUAUGCCGCCACGCAGACGGUGCCCGGCGUGCUCGUCCUGUGCAUAGAGACACCCAUCUACUUCGCCAACGCCAGCUACGUGCGAGAGAGGUAAGCAAUGCAGGCAGGAUCUCACGGUGGAAUGACAAGGAGGAGGAGCGCACCAAGGGUAAGGGCGAGAUUGGUGUGCAGUACAUUGUCCUCAACAUGGGUGCGGUCAGUAGCAUCGACACGAGCGGGACGAGCAUGCUGGUCGAACUCAGGAAGUCCAUGGACCGGAGGGGAAUGCAGGUUUAUGUCUCAAAAAAUGAGCAACUGUUUACUGGCCGCGAUACUUAUCGACAAUAUCAAAAGGUAUUGGACUUACUGAAACUUAAACAUCCCCUGUUUUUUGCUUCUUUUGGGAGGCUCCUCUAA